AUGCCUCUGCCAGUGCUGCAGAUGCCUCCACCGCCUGUGCCUCUACCUAAUGCCUCCACUACCUGUGCCUCUACUGCCUGUGCCACGGCUAUCUAUGCCUCUUCCACCUGUGCUGCUGCCACUGCCGGCCGUGCCUCUACCGCCUGUGCCGCUGCCGCCUAUGCCUCUUUGCCUGUGCUCCUGAAACUGCCGCUUGUGCCUCUGCCACUGCUUGCAACUAGCACUGCUGCCUCUGUCUCUACUUCCUGUGCCUUUGCCCCUACCGACUGUGCCUCUGCUGUCUGUGCUGCUUCCUCUACCAUCUGUGCUGCUGUCACCUGUGCCUGUGCCACUGCGACUGAUGCCUCCACCACCUAUACCUCUAACGCCUGUACCUCUGCCACUGCCACCUGUGCCUCUACCACCUGCACCUCUGCCACUUCCACCUCUGUGUGUGCCAUCGCCGCUGAUGCCUCUGCAGCCUGUGCCUCUGCCACUGCUGCUGAUGACUUCAUCGCCUGUCCAUCUACCACCUGUGCCACUGCCGCUGCCUUCUGUGCCUUUACAGCCUGUGUCGCUUCUACUUCUGCCUGUAACUCCGCCACCUGUGCCUCUACCACCUAUGCCACUGCCACCUGUGCCUCUUUCACCUGUGCCUCCACCGCCUGUGCCUCCGCCUCUGCCUAUUCUGCUGCUGGUGGUGCCUCUACCGCCUCCUAUGCAGCAGCUGCUGGUGACUCCACUGCCUGUGCCUAUGCCGCUGCCAUUGCCACUGGUGCCUCUACUGUCUGUGCCUCUGCCACUGCCACCUGUACCUCUGCCAUUGCCGCUGAUGCCUUUACCACCUGUGCCUCCACCAUCUCUGCCGCUGCCGCUUUUGCCUCUAUCAACUGUCCUGCUGCCUCCACCGCAUGUGCCGCUGCCACCUAUGCCUCUACCACGUAUGCCUCUGCCACAGCUGCUGGUGCCUCUACUGCCUGUGCCACUACCGCCUGUGCUGCCUGUGUCGCUGUAGCAGAUGAAGCUGGGUGCAGGGCAGGGAGUCGGCAACUGUGCCUCUACAGCCUGUGCCGCUGUGCUUCUAUUGCCUGUGCCUCUGCCACUGCCGCUGAUGCCUCCAUGGCGUGUGCCUCUACUGCCUGUGCCGCUGCCACUGAUGCCUCUAUCACCUGUGCCACUGCCGCUGAUGCCUCCACCCCCUGUGCCUCUAUGGCCUGUGUAGCUGCAGCUGCCACCUUUGCAUUUACCGCCUCUGCAUCUGCCUCUCCCGCCUGUGCCUCUACUGCCUGUGCCGCUAUCGCUGCCACCUGUGCCUCUAUCACCAAUGCCGAUGCCGCUCGUGGUUCUACCGCCUGUACCUCUACUGCCUGUACCGCUUCUGCUUCCGCCUGUGCCUCUACUGCCUGUGCUGCUGCUGCUGCCUCUACUGCCUGUGCCUUUAAUGCUGCUGCUGCCGCUGAUACCUGUACUGCCUAUGCCGCUGCCGCCUCUACCGCCUGUAACUCUGCCCCUGCCACUGGUGACUCCACCGCCUGUGCCUAUUCUGCAGCCGCUGCUGCCUCUACUGCCUGUGCCUCUACCACCUAUGCCACUGCCGCUUGUGCCUAUACUGCCUGUGCCUCUGGCACUGCCGCCUGUACCUCUACCAUUGCUGCGAAUGCCUUUCCUGCCUGUGCCUCCACCGCCUGUGCCUCUGCCAACUGUGCCUGUACCGUCUGUGCCGCUGCCCCGGCCUCUUCUGCCUCCACCGCCUAUGCCUCUACUGCCUGUGCCGCUGCCGCCUGUGCCUCUACCACAUAUGCCUCUGCCACAGCUGCUGAUGCCUCUACCGCCUGUACCUGUACCGCUGCCGCCUGUGCCUCUACCAUCUGUGCCGCUGCCUCUGAUGCCUCCAUCGCCUGUGCCUCUACUUCUGUUCCUCCACCGCAUGUGCCGCUGCCACCUGUGCCUCUACCUACGGCCUGUGCCACUUUCAAUGCCGCUGAUGCCUCUACCGCCAAUUCCUAUGCCGCCGCCGAUGAUACCUCUACUGCCUUUGCCUAUGCCGCUGGUGCCUUUACCGCCUGUACCUAUACUGUCUUUGCCGCCUGUGCCUUUGCCGCCUGUGCCUAUGCCGCUGCCUCUACCUCCUGUGCUUAUAUUGCUGCUGCUGCCGCCUCUACUGCCUUUUCCUAUACUGCUGCCGCUACCACUGAAGAUAUCUAA